AUGUCUACACCCGCUGCUGCUAGUACUGGCGUUUCCAUACCGACAGCAGCUACCAACGCCCUGGCCGCGCCCGCGUCGACGACAGCUACCGGCGCCACACCUACAGUUCCACCGCGGCCCGACUCUCUGGCAUCUUCGGUUAACCAGAACGCCAGCGCCUACAGCAGAAUGGCCCAGCCGGGAUACGGGUCGGCCUACUCGUCGCCGUACUCUAAUAUGAGUGGCUUCGGCUCCCGCAUGUACGGCGGCUACGGUGGAUAUGGUGGCUACGGCGGUUACGGAGGCAUGGGCGGAAUGGGAGGCAUGUACGGUGGAAUGGGAGGCAUGUACGGCGGCAUGGGUGGCAUGAAUCCCAACGACCCAAACAACCCCAACAGCCUGACCAACAGCUUCAACAACAGCACACAGGCGACGUUCCAGAUGUUGGAGGGCGUCGUCGGUGCUUUUGGCGGCUUUGCACAGAUGCUGGAGAGCACAUAUAUGGCCACACACUCUAGUUUCUUCGCUAUGGUCUCAGUAGCAGAGCAAUUUGGCAACCUGAGAGACACGCUUGGAUCAGUACUAGGCAUCUUCACCCUGAUGCGAUGGAUUAGGACACUCAUUGCCAAACUCACGGGCCGCCCGCCACCAGCAGAUGCCACCGCGCUGACACCGGCGGCCUUUGCACGCUUCGAGGGAAGGAAAUCGCCGCCCGGCACACCCGGACAGCCCAACAAACCAAGCAGGAAACCGCUCAUGUUCUUCUUGCUGGCCGCCUUUGGUCUGCCCUAUGUUAUGAGCAAGAUGAUCCGCUCGCUAGCUGCCUCUCAAGAGGAAGAGGAGCGUAAGCGACUGGAAGCCUCGGCACCGCUCGACCCCAGCCAACUCGAAUUCUGCCGCGUGGUUCACGACUUUGUGCCACAGGACAAUGUCCAGGGAGUCGACUUGGCCGUCAAAAAGGGCGACUUUAUCGCCGUGCUGUCCAAGACGGACCCCAACGGCAUCCCUAGUGAGUGGUGGCGCUGCCGCGCGCGCGAUGGCCGCAUGGGCUGGCUGCCCUCUACCUUCCUCGAGGUGGCCAAGCGUCCCGGGCAGCCACUGGCCGCCAUAAAGGCCGCGGCCAGCGAGCCCGGAUCUCCACGGACGAGCUCCAUGACUAGCACUACGCCUGCGCCGCCGCCAGUGGUGACGGGCAAGCCUGGUGACGUGUCCAUGGAGAGCUUCCAAAAGUCGCAAUUUUACUCUUAA